ACUCUUCACAGUUCACACAAAACACGCGCCUUCAUUCCCUUUCUGUAUCUAAUUUUAUUUUUAAUUAAAAGUUAAUUCAUUUGGUGUUUUUAUUUUCCUACUCAACUUUCUUUCUUGCCAAACAAACAGCCCAACCGGGUGAAAAGACAGAGAAGCAGAAAAACCCAUAUUGUUCAGCACAACAUAUUUAUUUACAAAGCCAUGAAAAGCUCUCAGAACAAUCCAGAAAGCUUCCACACCACCUGGGCGAUGACGAAGCUAAUGGUGUUUUCCCUUUUAAUCUUCCUCACCUACAUCUCUUACUCCAUUAAAUUCGUGUCACAUUCCAGUAAUUGUAAGGAAAAGCAAACUCUGAUUUUCACUCAUCAUCCGCAAUCGAUCGCCAUUUUCAAUUCGGACCCACCACCACCUCCCUUUGAGUCCCCCAAAACCAAUAUUUCGCAUAUCAUUUUCGGCAUUGCGGCUUCGGCCAAGCUCUGGAACCAGAGAAAGAAUUACAUCAAACUGUGGUGGAAGCCAGAUCGAAUGCGGGGAGUAGUUUGGCUAGACAAGGCUGUCAAGACACGAUCCGAAGACGAACCGAUUUUACCCCCUUUGAAGAUCUCGAGCAACACCACGAAGUUCAAGUAUAAGAACCCCAAAGGCCACCGGUCAGCGAUUCGGAUCUCGAGAAUAAUCUCCGAGACCUUGCGGCUUGGGGGGACGGAAGGGGUGAGGUGGUUCGUGAUGGGGGACGAUGACACCGUAUUCGUGGCUGAUAAUUUGGUUAGGGUUUUGCAGAAGUACGAUCAUGAGCAAUUUUAUUAUAUAGGGAGCUCAUCGGAGAGCCAUUUGCAGAAUAUUCACUUCUCGUAUAAUAUGGCUUAUGGCGGUGGUGGAUUCGCCAUCAGCUAUCCAUUAGCGAAGGAGCUCGAGAAAAUGCAGGACAGGUGUAUUCAAAGGUACCCUGGUUUGUACGGCUCCGAUGAUCGGAUUCAUGCUUGUAUGGCCGAACUCGGCGUCCCUCUCACCAAGGAACCGGGGUUUCACCAGUUUGACGUUUACGGCAGCUUGUUUGGGCUUCUGACGGCCCAUCCAAUCGCUCCCCUAGUCUCACUACACCACCUAGACGUAGUCCAGCCCAUAUUUCCGAACGCAAAUCGGGUAAAAGCCUUGGAAAGGCUGAAGGGCCCAAUGGAGCUGGACUCAGCUGGGCUGAUGCAGCAGUCUAUUUGCUACGACAAGAGGCGGAGCUGGACCAUAUCAGUGUCGUGGGGUUACGCGGUUCAAAUAUUUCGGGGGAUUUUUUCGGUGCGUGACAUGGAGAUGCCAGCUAGGACGUUCCUCAAUUGGUACCAAAGAGCUGACUACACGGGCUAUGCCUUCAACACCCGCCCUUUCAGCAGGAACACUUGUCAAAAACCCUUUCCCUAUUACUUGUCUAACACCACUCACGACCCGGAGUCGAACCGGAUCACUACCGUCUAUGUUCUCAAUCGGACAUCCAACAUGACUUGCCCAUGGAAAAUGGCGGAUCCUUCUCGGAUCCACACUGUCCAGGUCCACAAAAGACCCGACCCGAAUCUUUGGACUAAGGCUCCAAGGAGGAAUUGUUGCAGAAUAUUGCCAUCAAAGAAGACAGGCACUAUGAUAAUUGAUGUUGGAGUGUGCAAUGAAGAUGAAGUUGUAGAGUUACGGUGAAAGAGAUUAAAAUGUGGAAGUGGUGCAAGCUUCCGAUUUUUCUUUUUUUAAUUAUUUUUUUUCUUUACUCUUUUCAGAGAUUUACUUUUUGUUUUUUUUAUAUAUUUAUUUAUAAUAUUUAUAGAGUACCACACGUCCAAAGAUUUGCUUAAACUACCAUAGAUUCGAAAAAAUCUUUUUACGAAAGCGAACGUCCAAAGUUUAUUGGAGAAGCGCGAGUGGGCGGAGGAGUUCAAUUAUCCAGUAACCCAUUAGAUGGAGUUCAUCGCCUUCAAUUCUAUUCAUACUUGUUUAAGUUUUAAAAUGACCCUAAGAAUGAGUAUUAACAUAAGAUUAUCAAAUCCAAUCGCUAGAACCAUCAUUGUGAUCAAUUGACGGUAUACAUUACAUGUGGGUGCUCAAUUAUCCUUAAUAUUU